GUUCUAUAGCCUUGGUUACCCUCAGUUACCCUGUCUCACGUCAGAAUAUUUGCAGAGUGAAUAGAAAGGGCGCAGGGUGUAUAAAUAAGAAAGGUGGUACAAAGAGGAAAUGGCAGCAGCACUGAGUCCGCCAAGAACAAGUGGCGAUGGCAUGGAGUCUGCGGUCAGCAACCGACCUGCUGACUGCCCACUGUUGGAGCCAGUGGAGCAGCAGAUGCUGAAGAUAAUUACAGACCAGCGAUUGCAGGGAGCAUCUCUGUCUGACAUUCUAGGAGAUCUGGAGCUGGCCUCUGGUGUGGAUCAACCAAUCUUCAGACUGGCACCAGCCAUUGAGCAAAGGUCUGCUGCACAUCACCCAGCCUCAAGAACCACUGCUGUACCGGCGAUUCCCACCAGUCCCAGCGGCGGAGCGCGGGAGGCGCGUUUCGUCCCGUACGAGCCGUACCCGGGCUGCACCUCUCCUCUAACCGCCGGCGCUGCUGAGGCCGCGUCUCGCCCGGUCGAGUCGGGUCCCCGUCGAGUAAGCGGCGAGAGCGACGGGUCGGCGCCGUCGGCCGCGGCCGUGGCGGCGGCGGCGGCGAGCGCUGCCCCAGCCGCGCCGGAGGAGGAGGAUGUUCGCAUCACGAAACUACGGAGGGAGAAGGAUGAGCUGCAGCGCGAGCUGAACGUCGCCAUGGAGGUGACGGCCGAGCUCAAGAAGCUGCUGGUCGCCUCGAUCGGCGAAGACAUCGAGUCGCGGCUACACCUACUCACAGAGGACAAGGCCCACCUGGCGCAGCUGGUGCGCACGUUUUCCGCCCAGGCCGCCCAGGAGGGCGAGGGACGUGACCAGCUCUCCAUACAGUGCGAUGUCUGGAGGUCCAAGUUUAUGGCCUGCAGUCUAAUGGUGGACGAGCUGGCCGGCUGGAAGGCAGUACUCGGUCGCCGCUGCCGUGAGUCGGAGGCGGCUCUGAAGGCGCUGCUGGAGGAGAGACGUCAGAUCGCUGACCAGCUGCGCGCCUCCGCCAGGUCUCUGACCGCUGUGCGGGACGCGUUCGACCCCCUGUCGGCCCAGUCAGGCCUGGGCUCACCAGACGGAGACGCCGUACAGCUGGCUGAGCGAGUGACCCAGCUGAGUGGAGCGCUGCACGAGCGGCUGCUGGGCCGGCCGCCGGCGCCCGCCCCGGCCCCCGGUCAGGGACAGACUGAGGAGUCGGCACAGACGCACGUACAGACACCCGCUGAGGAGGCGGCUGAGAAGCUGCUAUCGACGUCGGCGUGUUACCAGUACCAGGCGCAGCGGGACUCCUGCCGGGACCGCGGCAUGGCCGACCGGUUCCACCCGCAGGCGCGCCUCGAGCACCUCACCAUGACGUGCUGCACCCACUGCAGCGGCGACAUCUAUGUGGUGUGAUGAGAACCAGCGGUUGGCCGCGCCGCCGCUAACUGGCGCUGUGAGCACGACUCGCACCGGCCGAAAAAAAAGGCGAGUCUCUUGAACUGUGCGUCGUGUCCAGACGAAGUGAGAAUCGCUGGUUCUGUGGAUGUGCCUAUUUGUUGCAGCUAAGAAAUCGUGCACACGUUUGGUAGGGGUUACACCUCUCCCUUUGCUGGGUAUAGAUCAUUUCACUUUUCAGACAUUCUAGAAUGAUUUCGUGAUGCAUUCGUGGAAAUAGCCGUCAAGUUCGCCGUUCCGUGCUUCUAUCCUCAGGAUACUGAAAUCCUUCUCCUCCACGCCGCAACCUCUCUCCGGGCUGGACAGGCAACUUUAUCUCAUGCGGGCUGCUCCCUUGGAGCGGCACCGCUGCUCCCGAGGGAGCGCACCCCGUAGCCGGGUGCAGUGAGUGCCUUGGGACUGGGUGGCCUGUCCUCUGGACGGGCUCAGCCCCGGCGACUCACUAGGAUGCCUGCCCAGACCAAUGUCUCCCCCUAUAUCCUAUCAUCCUCCCGGUCCUGAAAUGGUCUCAUUGGACCGAAAGGGCCUAACCCAACAAAACAAACAAGCCGUCAAGUUAUGCGUAUGCUAUUUUGGUUACAGGUAGAAUUGUUACAAAAAAAGCAAAAAAAAACUGUGUUGGAUCACUAAGAGAAGUGGCGAUCUGGAUUAUGAAAGUAAUGUUUGGUCCCAGACCCUGGAGGUCUGCUAUGCAAGGUUUUGUACUGUCAUGGGUUAGAUUGGGUACGUAGCACUUAGCAGAGGUUUUGUACUGUCAUGGGUUAGAUUGGGUACGUAGCAGCGGUACUUGUUAUAGACACUGGGUCCGGAGUUGGGUUAUAGACUUGAAACAGGGCUAGGUGUUAUUACAUCUGUAUAUUUUUAUGGGAUGCGAGCAUUUGCUGUCCUUAAUUCUUAUGCGUAUGUAGACAUAUGUAUGAUACGUUAGGAACUCAGGCAAUAUUUAUAUAUUAGUUCCUGAAUUACUUAACCGUAGUUACCAUGCAACUUUGAAAGUGCUCAGUUCUGAUGGGUAAAACAACAAAAAGUUUUCGUUUUCCACAGGGUGCACUUAGGCUACGG